GGGGAGUUGUCAAAUGAUAUCAUUUAGUAGAAUCAUUUGCCACCCAUUUAUGCAGAGACAGGUACUUUGUUGUUUUGGUAACUAAAGUCAGUGGCCAUGUUUGGACUGACUAUGUUACACUUGUUUUGUACAGUUCUCUUGCAGAGGUUAAUACCUUGUCUUCAGAUGAUGGUCCUUUGAGAUGGGUCCCUGUGAUAGAAAGUGUCAUACCAAUUACAAUUCACAGAAAGAAGGUGGAAACAGGAGAUGUGUUCCUGGUCACAGCAUUGAUGAACAAUGAGACUGUCUUUAGUGCAGAAAUAAACUUAAAUGAAAUUCGGCUUAAGAAGACAUCUGAGUGUUUUGUUCAGUGGAGGAAUCGUAAAUCAAAGAGCCAUGCAUGGGGACUGAACUUUGUAUCAGAAGAAGAAGCUCAGAAGUUCUUAGAUUUUUGCAGUCCUGGAUGGGUGCGUUCCACAUCAACCACAUCAUCAUCAAAUCCUUCACUAACCAAUCAGCCAAAAUCAAGUGGACCGAUCAAGUUACCUUCAAGGAAAGAUAGCCAAGGGAGUUCUGAUACACCAUCAAUCCAGGUUAAUGACACUGAUUUAAACAACAAAUCUCCAAUCAAUGGUACCCUCUGCAAUAAUGUUGGUGACCACUACCAGUCUAACAGCACCCUUGUAGCCACAGAAACACUUACUACCAUCAGUUCCCACACAACUUCACCUAUACCCCGUUUACAAAGCAGUGGUGAUCCUGAUAGUGGAUUUGGUGUGGAGGAUGUUGGUAGUGAUUCACUUGACUCUCGUAAUGUGAUGCAUAUUUCACCAUCACAUGAAAAUCAUCUUUCUUCACGCUUAUCUGUUGCCAGUGACUCAGAUUACUCAGUUAGUUCAAGGAGUAACUUAUCUGAUGUGGAUGACUUGGAAAUGAGCUACUUUAAGAGUGUUGCUGAUUUGAAUGCUAAUGACAGUCCUGUGGUAAGUGAAUGA